AUGUUCGAGGUGAGCGCGCUGACGCCGGGACCGCUGCUGUUCCAGUCAUGGACGCCCGUCAUCGUCUCAAUCGAUGGCCAGAGCGUGCGCGUCGACUACGGCGCCUCGCACAAGUCGUUCGAUGCCACCGGUUGCGCUGCCCAUGCCAUCGACCCGCCUUUCCUCGUCGAGAUUGCCUUUUCCAACAAGAAGAAACUUCUGCUUGACAUUGGAUCAAGGUCGCUCCGGACGCAGCUCAUUGAGCUACUGACCGCUACGGCAACGUCGACCGCCUCCACGGACACCGCCGAUAGCGUCCAUGAUCAGCUACUCAGCGUUGCCACCGCCAUCACCGACCGCGCCGCCGUUGCCAAGAAGUCGGACCUUCGACCGUGUAACGUCUCAGUCGCUGAUGUCCACGCCCACCUGUGCGGCCUCAAGGAUGUCUAUGACCACGUAGCAGGACUCCCGUCGCCCCUGGCCCUCUACGACUGGCUGCUUGACACGGAAGCCGCCUACGUCGAUCGUCACCGGGACCUGCACGGGUUCACACGCCCUGACGUGUACGCCCACACUGUGUACCAGCAAGAUCCGCCGAGCUACGCGCUCGGGACAACGUCGUCGGCGCACCGUCCAGACGUCAACUCGUACGUCGGCGUCUGCUCGUACUGCAAGACAGAGUACGACCGCGCGCUCCUCCCGGUGAUCUACGUCACGGACGGUGCGUGGCCGUGUCCGACCUGCCACGAGGCAAUCACAGCCGACGUCUACUUCAAGAACCGCUUCGACACGAGGGCGUUCGAUGAGCCACUGCACCGAGUCCUCGCGCCAUGUCCCACGCGGCGCUGCCCCGGUCGCUUUACGCGAUCUGAGAUGCAGCGUCUCCACCUCUUUGACGAACCCGCUAUCUGCGCCGCCUGCAAACGCUCCGCCUUGUACGAGACGUACCAGAUCGCAACCCUCGUCCGCGAGCACCCGUCGAUCCGCUACCAGAGCGUCCGCAACGCCGACGGCACGUACAUCAGCCUCAUGCCCACGCAACGAGAGAUGCCGGUUGACGGACUCUGGUCGACCUACCUCCAUGAGCUCCACGCUUCUCUGCACGCGCGACGCCACGGCCGUGCAAAGCCGCGACUGCAGAUGUUCGAGGUGAGCACGUACAUGGUCGAGCUCGAGAGAGCCGUCGCCAUGAUCCGAGCCCACGACAACGGCGCGUUUCCCAUCGACCUUGUCCGCGCCAUGCACCGCGACCUGCGCUUCGUCGCCAAGAUCGGCCCCAUGACACGCUACUGGUCACACCCGAUCGUCGUCGCCGCCGCCAUCCGCCGCUACGAGCAGUUCAUGCACCUCUCCAAGACCCACAAGCAUCUCGUCCCGACGCUCGAUAUCGCGCUUCUCUGGCGCGUGCACAUGACGCAGCACGUGGCCUACUGCGCCUACUCGCGCGCGAUCGCCAAGAAGGUGUUGUUGCCGCAAUGGAAUAGUUACGACGACGCGGCGUACGUCAAGACGUGUGUGGCGUGGACCAAGGCGUACCGGGAGCCGUACUCGUCGUACGUGCCGACAGGGACGUCGGUGGCGGCGAUGAUGAAGAAGGGUGCGUCGGUGGCGGUGGGCGCGUCACGGUUUGUCGGUGUCGACGAGCGUCUGCGCGCGUGCGACGUCAUAUCACCCGAGAACGACGACAACAACAAGAGCCGCAGCGCGUUGAACGACCAGGCCGCAGCGACGCUCGGCUCCGUUGUGACGGAUGAUACUGGAAUCGACGCGCAGUGGCUUGCCUUGCUUGAAAUCGGCUCGACAGCAUGAGAGCUGGCCGCGCAUAUUGGAACGCAUUUGUUGUAGUACGACAGUCGCUGUCCAAUACUUCCGUGCACGUAUGCGACAGUCUUCCUGCAUUGAGCUUACAGCCAGUACUGCUGUGUUGAUUCACGUGAGGAAACGUCAUAUCUAUCCAACUAUCGAACUAUCAAUAUAUCUACC